CAUUUUUUCGGCGUAUUAUUCAAUAGACAAAUUAUAACAUAAAAUCAUUAACUAAACCUACAAAUGAACAGCAUUGGCGAGGAUUGCAACGAGCUGAAGAAGCAGUACGACGCCUGCUUCAACAGCUGGUUCUCGGAGGGAUUCCUGAAGGGUAAAACGGAUGAUUCCGGCUGCGCGCCUAUAUUUCGGGUUUAUCAGGAAUGUGUCAAGCGCGCCAUGCGUGAGCAGAAGAUUGAGUUGCGGGAGGUCGGCACGGAGUACUCAACGGGCUCCGAGUACGAUAAUGCGAACAGUGCCGCCGGAAAGGGGCAGCAGAAGAGCAAGAGCUGACCCGUAACGCCGCUCCAGCAUCCUGGCUUCGGCCUUGAUUCCACAAUCGGCCAGGAACAGGCUCCCAACAGUCUUACAGGUCAUCAGCGCCGGCACCAGAGGGGAGGAACAGCCUAGGAGUCGGCCGAAACGCCGUGGACUAUCACGUUCCAGAAUCAGCUUUGGUUAAGCUUAAUGACUCCUAACCAUAACCUCUUAUAUAAAUUAUGUAGUGAAUGUUUUAUAAUUAAGUUCAAGUAGCGAACUAAAAAUGUUAUAUUCAGACAGACUUCAGUUUUUACUUACUAAGUGAAGAUUGGAGUCUAUUUUGAGCAUAAAUGCAAUAAAGUGUUAUAUAGAAUUCUUUUUAAGUUAAUUAUAAA